AUGGAGGGGCCCCGGGGCGGCUACUCCGUGCAAGCCGCGGCCACCAUCGCCGCCAUCAUCACCUUCUUGGUGCUCUUCACCGUGGCGGGCAACGGCCUGGUGAUCCUGGCCGUGCUCAGCAGCCGCUCGCUGCGGGCGCCCCAGAACCUCUUCCUGGUGUCCUUGGCGGCCGCCGACAUCCUGGUGGCCACCCUCAUCAUCCCCUUCUCCCUGGCCAACGAGCUGCUGGGCUAUUGGUACUUCCAGCAGGCCUGGUGCCAGCUCUACCUGGCGCUGGACGUCCUCUUCUGCACCUCCUCCAUCGUGCACCUCUGCGCCAUCAGCCUGGACCGGUACUGGGCGGUCAGCAGGGCCGUGCCGUGCCGCACCCCGCGCCGCGUCAAGCUCAGCAUCCUGCUGGUCUGGACCAUCGCUGCCAUCAUCUCCCUCCCGCCCCUGCUCUACCAGGGCGAGCGGAAGGCAGCGGCCGGCGAGGAGAGGCCUCAGUGCCGGCUGAACGAGGAGGCCUGGUACGUCCUCUCUUCCAGCGUGGGCUCCUUCUUCGCCCCCUGCCUCAUCAUGGUCCUGGUCUACCUCCGCAUCUACCUGAUCGCCAGGCGCCGCCACCGCGCCCGCACUCUGUUGAGCCCUGGGGAGCCCCCAGUGUCCCCCAGCACUGGGACUGGGCCAGCCCCACAGCCCAGGGGACAGCCCAGGGCACAGCCCAAGGACACUCUGAACGCUGGGACAGAGCCCUCCCCACAGCCCAGGGCACAGCCCAGGGACACCCUGGCCACCAGGUCGGGGCAGGUGGUGCUGGCGCGGGGGCUGCCGGCGCUGAGCGCCUGGCGGAGGAAGGCUCAGCUGAACAGGGAGCAGCGCUUCACCUUCGUGCUGGCCGUGGUCAUCGGCGCCUUCGUGCUCUGCUGGUUCCCCUUCUUCUUCCUCUACAGCCUGGGUGCCCUCUGUCCCCACCGCUGCAAGGUCCCCGACGGUGUCUUCCAGUUCUUCUUCUGGGUUGGGUACCUGAACAGCUCUCUCAACCCUCUCAUCUACACCAUCUUCAACCAGGACUUCCGUGCAGCCUUCCGACGCCUCCUCUGCCGCCGCCGACGGAGGGGCUUCCGGUCAUCACUGCCUUCUUUCUCUGCCUGA